AUGAAUAAAAGUCAAGCUAAAUAUGUAGAUGCUGAAAACAAUAAGCCUUCUAACAAAAAAUAUGGACUUAUAAAAAGAAAUUAAUCCUAAUUAAUAUUAGUCUUUUUAGGGUUAUUACCUUCUUUCAUAUUAAUAAUAUCUACUUUCAUUAGUCUGUGGUAUUUGCAGCAAUAGAGUAUGUUAAUAAUAUAGCAAUUUUCUGAUUAACUAUACUAAGAUUAAAUAAAUAGCUCUAAAUAACAUAACCGUGCAGUUAUUUUUUAGAUUAAUUAGUAAGUUUAAAAGAUUCCGUGGUAAUUGAGUAUAAUAAAUGAAUUUGUAGGGUACUAAUUGCUGGGUAAAGUAAAGAAUAGCAAAAAAUAUGUACCUGCUUUACAUAAUGUUGAUAGAACUUAUUUAAACAAAGAAAAUACUACAGUCAUAAAAAUGUUUAAGAAAAACCCAAUUCUUACUAGCGUUUGGCAUUAGGUUAACAAAGCAUAUUUAUAAUAGCUGAAUUAAAUUGAGCUUUCAUAAUUAUAGUUGCUAACAAAGGUUGACUUUUUAUAAAAAUCUAUUAAAUAUGAUAAUUUGCAUGAAGUUACAAGAUGGAUGAAGAUAGAUAAUACAAUUAUUAACCUUGCUUAAAAUGGAAAUGGUAUUGUUUACAUGCUAGGCACAAAUAAAACAUAUUCUACUUACUAACCACCAUCUGAUUGCCCUUAUAAAGGUACUUAUAAUUUUGAUCCUAGAUGCAGAUAUUUCUAUUAGCCAACUGUAGGAAACAUAUCUACUGUUGUCUUUCCUCCUACUAUGAACCUCGGAGCAACUGGUCUUUAUUAUGCAAGUUAAUUUUGCUAGAGGAGAGUUAACUUAGGUUCAUAAAACUAAAAUGAUAUUUUCUCAAUUCUUUGUAUAACAUUAAAUCUACAAGUCUUACCUACUUACUUGUAAAACUUUGGUAAUAAUUCUAAAUAUUAGAUGCUAGUUGAUCCCUAAAGCUUGACAGUAGUUUAUAAUUCAUAAACGUAACUUUAAUAAUAAGUUACUGUGAAUCAAACUGAAACAGGCUACCUUUAAGAUUAAUCUCAAGCAAAUAUAUUUAUACAAAAUUUAAUUUAAAACUCAAACUAUGUCAUAUUAAAUACUAGUUCUUAUCAACAAUAGUAUUCGUUAGAUAACAGCUAACAGACAUUUGAAUAUAACAGAAACGGUACUGAUUGCCUUGUAAUACUAAAUGUAAUAUCAAUGGUAGAUAAAGUACCAAAAAUUGAAAGAAAUAGACUUAAUAACCCAGCUCCUAAGUUUUAAUUAAAGAAUGUUUACUUAUUUCUAGAUUUAUGGAUUAAUUUGUAUAAUUUUAAUAAUACAAUUUUACUACUCGAUUAUUUUGGGGAAAUACAUAUUAAAUCCUAUAAUCCAUCUGACAUAAAUACUGAUUAUGUAAACAGCAGCUAAAUUGUUUUUAAUCAAAUGUAAACCGAUUAAGUUAAUCAAAUUCUCAUAGAUGAGUAAAUUGAUGCUGAUUUUGAAGGUUUGUGUCAUUCUAGAGAUACACAAGAUCUUUUGAAUAGCUUUCAAGAUAUGUUUAAGGUACUCAGGUUUACAACUUAAAAUUUUUACAAAGAAGAUGCCAGCUUGUAGCUUUUGAAUCUAAUAAAAUAAAUUCAACACUUCUAACGAUUUGGUAAUCAUAGAGCACUAGGAGUUUGUUAUAAUAAUAUGGGAGUGAUUCACUAUAAUUGUGGUAGAUUUCAGGAAGCUUCAGAAAAUUUUCAGCAAGCUAUUAUUUAUGCAAGUUAUGAAUUAAAUGCCUACUCUCAUCAUCACCAAGGAGAAACAGUUGAGUUUAGCCAAAGCCUUAAACGAUUGACAGCUCAUUUAAGAAGUUCGAUAUAAAAUAAUUUAAGUCUAGAAUUUACUGAAGAUGUAAGCAACCUUAAUAUUUCUAUCUGUCAAGAAAAAUAAAAAUAGAAAAAUUAGUAUAAUCAAUUACAAAGUUAUCAAGUAGAGCUAUACUGGAGUUUAUUUAAUAGAAAAACAAAUUUAAUCAAAGCAAUGUCUAUGUUUAUUAUAAAUAGUAACAAUAAACUAUGGGAUAUAAUCGAAGAUUAUGCAUAUGAAAAUAUAAUAAUCAGCUAAAUAUAUUUACCUCCUUCAAAUAAAAGGGAAAUGAUUAAUUAUUACAUUUUAUCUAAUAUGUUGCAAAAAUAAAAUUCGGAUAAUGAAGCUAUUUAAGUAUUAAAUAGACUAAACUAUUUUUAUGUAAAAAUAUAAGAAAGCAAAUAUGGAAAAUAAUCUCAAGAAAAUUAAAAAUAAAUUGAUGUAAACACUGCCUAAAGUAUUAACAGUUAACAAAAAAGAGAGUUGUAUUCAGAUAUAUUCAUAAACUAAAGCAAAAAUAUUUAAAUCAGUAAUAUUAAUUAACCCAGCAAUAAUAUGAGCUACAAUAAUGAUACAAACAACUCUUUUAUCUUAUAUUCUCCAAUCAAAAAAACGAAAUCAAUGAGCAAAAAAAUAAAUAUUCAAGAAAAAAUAAAAGAUAAAGUUUAAAAUUUAUUUAACCCGCAAAACAACAAUUUUCUUAAUAAAUUAUAAAUAAAUUUUCAAAAAAUUAACAAAAAUCUUAGUUAAGAAAAUGAACCAGAUUAAAAUAAUUAGAAAGUAAAUUAAUCGAAGUUAAAAAAUUCUAUUUAUGCUUCUAAAAAAAACAAAGGAAUCUACAACAAUUAAAAGAAAUCUAUAAUAAAUGAGGGAAAAGAGAAAAAUUAAGAUAAAAUCACCAAUCAGAUCUUUUAAUAACCUCAAAAUAAAUUUCUAGCUGAUUCAUAAAGUUAAAAUGAAUUCCAUAAUAUUCUUUAGAAAUAAAGAUUUUCAAUCUUAAAAAAUAUUUUAUCACAACAAGAAGUUUCAAAAUCAUCAAAUUAAAAAUCAAAAAAAUAUACAAAGUUUAUCCUAAAAAAGAAGGAUAGAGCUUAUAAAGCUACUGUGUUGGAAAAUAAUAAAUUUAUUUUCUACCCAGUGAGAAAACAUAAAGAUAAUGAUAAAGUAAUAAAAUAUGAAUAUAGUUCAGAUAUUUACUUUCAAUAUUGCUCAAUUGAGCAUGCCUCAUAUUUAAUUAAAUAAUAAAAUUUUUAUAAUGCAGCCGUAAUGCUAACUAGUUCUUUCGAGAUGUGUUAAUAUUAUUUACCUCAUUUAAGAAAAAUACAAAUGGAUAUGCUUUUCAAUAUAUUCUAAUAAUAAAACAUAAAGAGCAAAGAUUUUGAAAUAGCAAAUAAAAGAUAUUCUUAAAUGACAUCAUCUAAUUUCAAUAUUUAUCUUAUUUCAGCAUGCUAAAUGUAAAGUGUCAAAUUCAAAUUAUAUGCACUUUGUAAUGAUUUAGUAAAUGAAAUUCUUUUUAAAGAUAAUGAUAGCUUUGGAUUGAUUUAAUACAGCUUCGAAGAACAAAUAUUCAUGUAGUUAAUUGCCUCAACUUAGAUUUUACUUUAAUUGCUGCCAAAAAAAUAAGCAAAUCAUACAUAAAAAUUUAAAAACGAUAAAAUUUAGCUUUAAGAAAAAAAUAAUCUUGUUUUUCCUUAAUCUACAAGUAAUUUACCAUCAUUAAACUAAAUUAAUGUUCUUUAAGAUAUCAAUUUAUAAUCGUUUUAAAAUUCAAAUUUGAAUUUAAAAACUGGUUCUAUCUUUAGAUCAGAUAAUUACCAUUCUAAUAAAAAGGCAUAAAAUUAAAAAUCUGACUUAGAAUCAUUUAAUGCCAAUGACCUUAUCAGCUCAUGUUAUCCGAAUUAGAAGCUGAAUUUUGCUAAAAAUGAAUUUUUAGAAUAAAUAGAAUUAGGCUAGGAUACCUCAUAAACAUCUUUAGAAUCUAACAUAAUACCUAAUUAAAUUUAAUUUUAUCAAACUAAAAAAAAUAUUAAAUAACAUAAUAUUACAAAAUUGUUAACUUAAAAAUAUUUCUAAACGAUUAGUAAUUUGAACUCAACUUUAAAAAUAAAGAGUAAUUCUCAGAAAUAAUUCCAAUAACCUUAAAGUAUAAAUAAUUCAAAUAUACCAUUCAAAGAAGAUAAUUUGCAAUAAAUAUACACUUUUAUGGAUGAUGAAUUUAAAGAAGAUUCUGUUGAUAUUAAGAAUUUACUGAAAAAAAAUGGCUAAAAUACUUAAAAUAAUUCAAAUAAUUCUAGUUGCUACAACAUUUAACUUUAAAAAUCAGACUCUGAAAACACUUAAAAUUUGGUGAAUUUAGAGAUAUAAGAAUAAAAAAUUACAAGUUUCGAUUAACUAAAAAAUUAACAAGCUAUUUAAUGUUAAUUUAGCACUUCUCCUAAAUCCUCCUAUUAUAAAAAUAGAUAAUAAUCAGUUGAUUAGGAUCAAAAAAAGGUAAGUAUGCAUUAAUAAAAAAGCUUUUUACCAAACUAAAUCUAGAUUUUCAAUACUUCAAAUUAGAAUUAGCAACCUCCUUCGGAUAACGCAUUUGAAAUAGAUUUAUUUAUGCUUAAAAGUAGUCCUACCUCUAAAUAAAUUAGUCCAUUAAAUUAAUUUUAACACUUACAUGAUGAUUAAAAUAAAUCAUAUUAACCAAAAUCAUACUAAAAUUAAUUUGUUGACUAAAAAGUAAGCUAAGAUAGAAAAUAACAUGAAACGAAAAUAUAAUAAUUUAAAUCCAGUGAAUAUGUAUUUCAUUUAGGAAUACAUGCAUGCUUAAAAUAGUUUAUAUUAAAUUCUGAUGAAAAACUAAGUAUUCAUCUAACUUAAAAUAACCAUAAACAACUCUAAAGCAAUAAAAAAUAUGAACCUUAAUAAAAUUAAUAAACUUACUUGAUUUAUAUUACAGACUAAUAUUUUUAAAUCACUAAAUCAAAUCUAAUGCAAGAAUUAACUCAUCUGCUAAUUAGCAUAGGUACUGAAUUGUUAAUUUUAGUUCUUAAUGAUACUUUAUAGUUUGAUGAGAGCAGUGAUUUAGAGAAUGUAUCUAUAGAUGGCAAAUAAAUUAUAAGCUUUUUCAACUCAGAAUAAAAAAUGCUAUAAUAUAUUUAUAAUAGCAGAGAACAUCUAAAGAACUACUUGAUGCCAAUGUCUAUGGUAUUUGCAGAAAUAGAGUAUCUAUACUAAGAUUAAAUAAAUAACUCCAAAUAAAAUAACAGAGCAGUCCUUUUUUAAAUCAAUUAAUAAAUUUAAAAGAUUCCAUGGUAGUUGAAUUUAAUAAAUGAAUUUGUGGGUUACUAAUUACUAGGUUAAAUCAAAAAUAGCAAUAAAUAUAUACCUGCUUUAAAUAAUGUUGAUAGAACUUAUUUAAACUAAGAGAAUACUUCAGUCAUAAACAUGUUUAAAAAAAACCCAAUUCUUACUAGCGCUUGGCAUUAGAUUAACAAAACGUAUUUAUAUUAGUUAAAUUAAAUUGAACUUUCUUAAUUUUAGUUACUAACAAAGGUUGAUUUUUUCUAAAAAUCUUUCGAAUAUGAUAACUUAAAUGAAGUUACAAGAUGGAUUAAGAUAGAUAAUAUAUUUAAUAACCUUGCUUAUGAUGGACUUUCUUAUAUGCUAGGUACAAAUAAAACAUAUUCUAAUUAUUAGCCACCAGAUGAUUGCCCUUAUAAAGGUACUUAUAAUUUUGAUUCAAGAUGCAGAUAUUAUUAUCAGCCAACUGUAGGAAACAUAUCUACUGUUCUAUAUCCUCCUAAUAUUAAUGUUGGUCCAGGUGGUGCUUAUUAUGGAAGUACCUUUUGCUAGAGGAGAAUUAACUUGGGUUCAUAAAAAUAAAAUGACAUUUUCUCAGUUCUUUGUAUAACGAUUAACCUGGGAAUUAUACCUACAUACUUUUAAAAUUUUGGCAAUAGUUCCCUAUAUUAGAUGCUAGUUGAUCCAUAAAGCUUGAAAGUACUUUAUAAUUCAUAAGCAUAACUUUAAUAAUAAGUUACUGUGAUGCAGACUGAAACAAACUACCUUUAAGAUUAAUCUCAAGCAAAUAUAUUUAUAAAAAAUUUAACUUAGAACUCAAACUAUGUCAUAUUAAAUACUAGCUCUUAUCAACUAACGUAUUUGUUUGAUAAUAGCCAACAAACAUUUGAAUAUAACAGAAAUGGUACUGAUUGUCUUGUUAUACUAAAUGUAAUCUCAAUUGUUGAUAAAGUACCAAAAGUAGAAAUAAAUAGAUCUAGUAAUCCAGCUCCUAAAUUUUAAUUGAAGAAGGUUUUCCUGUUUUUAGAUGUACUUACAAAAGAAAAUUUACAAAUUUAUGCAACAAAUCUAUAAAAUACUAUUUAUUUUUAUAAUAAAAUUUUUGCUUACACAAGUUACGGAUUAAUUUGUAUAAUUUUAAUAAUAUAAAUUUACUACACAAUUAUUUUGGGGAAAUUAAUAUUAAAUCCUAUAAUUCAUCUGACAUACAUACUGAGAAAGAUAAGAAUACAAAAUUUAAAUUCAGCUACAAAUUUUGGUUAAAAAGAAAAAAUAACUGAAAAAUUACAAAAAAAUUAUGUAAACAGCAGCUAAAUUGUUUUCAACGACAUCAGAACAGAUUAGGCCAAUUAAAUCCUCAUAGAUGAGUAAUUUGAUGCAAAUUUUGAAGGUUUAUGUCAUUCUAGAGAUACACAAGAUCUUUUGAAUAGCUUUCAAGACAUGUUUAAGGUACUAAGGUUUACUACUUAAAAUUUUUACAAAGAAGAUUCCAGUUUACAGCUUUUGAAUCUAAUAUCAUAAAUUCAGCAUUUCUAGCGAUUUGGUAAUCAUAGGGCAUUAGGAGUUUGUUAUAACAAUAUGGGAGUAAUUCACUAUAAUUGUGGUAGAUUUCAGGAAGCUUCAGAAAAUUUUCAGUAAGCUGUUAUUUAUGCAAAUUACGAAUUAAAUAGCUACUCUCAUGAUCACCAAGGAGAAACAGUUAAGUUUACUCAAAAUCUUAAAAGACUGGUAUCUGAUUUAAGAAGUUCUAUAUAAAAUAAUACAACUCUAGAAUAUACUGAAGAUAAUGUAAGAAACCUUAACAUUUCUAUCUAUCAAAAAAAAUAAAGAGAAAAAAAUUAGGAUAAUUAAUAGAAGAGUCAUCAAUUAGAGCUAUACUGGAGUUUAUUUAAUAGAAAAACAAAUUUAAUCAAAGCUAUGUAUAUGUUUAUUUAAAAUAGUAACAAUAAACUAUGGGAUAUAAUUGAAGAUUAUGCAUAUGAAAAUAUAAUAAUCAGCUAAGUAUAUUUACCUCCUUCAAAUAAAAGGGAAAUUAUUAGUUACUACACUUUAUCUAAUGUGUUACAAAAAUAAAAUAUGGAUAAUGAAGCUAUUAAAGUAUUAAAUAGACUUAGUUAUUUUUAUGCAAAAAUAUAAGAAAGCAAAUAUGAAAAAUAUUCUCAAGAAAAUUAAAAAUAAACUGAUAUAAUCUAUACCUAAAGUUUUAACAGUUAGUAAAGAAGAGAGUUUUAUCCAAAUGAUUUUAGAAAUUAAAGCAAAAAUAUUAUUUUUUAAGAUAUAAAGUAGCAAUCCUCUUAAAAUUCAAAUAUAAAACUAAAAAAUGGUUCAAUCUCUUAAUCAAAAAAUUAUCACUCUAAUUAAAUUGUAUAAAAUUAAAAACCUGACUAACAAUUACUUAAUGUUAGAGAACCUAUUAGUUUAUAUAUGAAUCAGAAGCUGAAUUCUGCUAGGGAUGAAUUUUUAGAAUAAAUAGAAUUAAGCUAAGAUUUAUCAUAAUAAUCUUUAGAAUCUUACACUUUUCCUAAUGAUAUUUAAUUGGACAAAACUAAAGAAAAUAUUAAAUAAUAUAAUCUUAUAAAAAUCUAAAAUUAAAAAUAUUUCUAAACAAUUGGUAAUUUAAAGACAGCUUAAAUAGCAAAGAGUGACUCUAAAAAAUAAUCCUCAUAAUUUUAAAGUAUUAAUUCAAAUAUAUCAUUCAUAGAAGAUAAUAUGCAACAAAUUUAUCCUUCUAUGGAAAAUGAAUUUAAAGAAGAUUCUAUCCUCAUAAAUAAUUAAUCUAAUAAAAAUGGUUAAAAUACUUAAAAUAAUUUAAGAAACUUUUUUUAGAAUAUCCUUUAAUCAGAUACUGAAAAUACUUAAAACUUAAUAAAUUUAGAGAACGAAGAAUAAUAAAUAACAAGCUUAGAUUAUCUAAAAAACAAAAAAAAUUCUUAAAGUUAAUAUGGCACUUCUUUUAAAUCCUCCCAUUAUAAAAAUAUAUAUGAAUCAAAUGAUUUGGCUCAAAAAAAAUUAAAUAUAUAUUAUUAGCCAUAAUUUAUCGAUAGUAUUAUAAUAAAUAUGCAAACUACAAGCGUUUUAACUAAAAAGAAUUUUGCUCCUUUGAAGAAUGAAAAUGAAAAGCUAAAUUUAUUUGCAAAUUAAGUAGAUUAAAUGAGAGAUGACUUCGAAGAUAUGAAGCGCUCUAGAGAAGAAGCUAAGAAGUAAUUAGAAGCAAAAUUUUAAGAUGUCCAUAGAAAGAUAUAAAAUACUAAAGAGUUUAUUGCAGCCGAAGGAAAGAGAAUUAAUGACACUCUUUUGGCUUUUUAAUCAAAAUUUGAAACUGAAAUGAAGAAUAUAAAAACAUAUUUCCAAAAGUAACACGACGAAUAUACUGUUUAAGUUUAGCAGAGAUUUGAAAAAGUAGAAGAUGAAACAAAAAGAUUAGAUAAAAAAAUAGAUGAUGAACGUGAAGAACGUUUAAGAUAGUCAGAUGAAAAUCUAAGAGAAAUAAGAAAGCAAUUAGAGACUUUGUUUUCAUUAUUUGAUACUGAAAAAAGAGAAAGAAUAGAAAGAGAAAAAGAAAUUUUAUAAAAGCUCGAUGAUGAAGCUUUUGCACUUAAAGAAAUGCUUGAUAAGGAAAAAACUGAAAGAAUAUUAAAAAUUAAGGAAUUAAGAAAUCACACUGAUUUUGAAUUAAAGGCUUAAUAAAAAUUCAAUGAAGACUUUCAUGCUAAAACUAUUGACGAAUUUCAUCAUGUUGUUAACAACAUACAAGUAGAAAUUGACAAUCGUUUCAAUCAUUAAGAUUAAAUCAUAGAUAAUCUAUCCAAAUUAGUUAAAACACUUCAAGACACCCUUAAAGUAAUUGGAAAAGAUGUUUGA